GUUGACCGGGCCGAGCAGAGAGGCUGAAGCCGCAGCAUCUGAAGCUCCAGAGCCACAGACAAAGAGCCGCCGGCAGCAUCUGUGCGCCUUUUCCGCCCCAACACCGAACAGAACAGACAAGAAACCAAGAAAAGAAAAGAAAAAACAAACAGACGCGACGAUGCUGGAGAAAUCAAACAGCCAAUACGAUUCCUUCCUCUUCUGGAGGCAGCCAAUCCCGGCCCUGGAUCUGUCCGAGCUGGAGGACCUGGGCUUGAUUGACUGCAAACCGGCCAAUGGCGGCCAGGGAAAGGAGAAGGCGUCGGCGCUGCGGCCCCAGAGCGAGGAGGGCGAGCUGGCCGAGUUUUCCUCCUUCAACUACUGGAGAGCUCCCAUCGCCAGCAUCGACUCCCUGCUGGCCGACCUCAACCUGCUGCUGUGAGACCGGAAGAAACGUCCCCCGUCCCCCAUCCCAUCCCCUGUCCUUCACCACCGUCCAGACCCCGGAUCAGUCUCCAAACGCCUCGCUUCCUCUCCUCUGACCUCACCGUCCCCUUCAUGCUAAAGACUCUGGACUUCUUUCAAACAUCUUCUUAAUUUUUUUUUUCUCUGUUAUGGAUGAAGUUCAGGUGCUCUUUUCCAGAUAAAUGCCACCCAGGGGGAUCAAACGUUCCCCAAAAGGUCACCUGUCCGUAUCAGAGUUUGAACCUGUGACCUUUUCAGUUCAGUGAUGGUCUGUCUAGAUGAAGGUCUGUCUAAUCAGCAGGUAAAUGGCUCGGUGCCAGAGCUUUCAUUUGUUAGACUAAACUGUAGGAAAGAGAUACUUCAGACCGAUGGUUUUCCAAGAGUCUGCAGCUUUUCGUUCCCACCAAACACAACACGGCGGGAUUCCACCGGUUUCUGUUUGUUUUGGAAUAAAACUCUCUGGACUCUUGGAUCCUGAUGCCAGAGAAUUGAAAUCCACUUAGUUUGAGUUUGUUCAAGUGAAAAACGUGCAGAGGAGAGAGAUUGUCGAUGUCGGUCAGGUCAACAUCUGUUCAUCUUCAAAACGUGCUUUUCAGGCUCAAAGGAAAGCACUGUUGCUUUUAGUGAUGAUUAUGCCUUUUUUAUCUAAAGAGGCAUUGAAAGGGUUUCAUUAGCCCAGAAAAACAUGAAAAUCAGAUGAAAAAUUAACAAAAGGAGGUUUAUCAGGCGAGGAGAGAGAAAGAGGCCGUUGAGACUGAAUCCUUUUUUUGUUUUGGACAAAACACCCAAGGCCUUCUGUUGAGUUUCUUGGAGGAGAAGAGGAGCUCAGUCUGUAUUUAAUCUCAAGCUCAGUUUCCCAAAGUCAUCCCGAGGUUUUGUCCCACGCCAAGCGAAGGCAGCGUCGCAGCACUCGGUCUAAACGUGCAUUUGGGAAACCGACUUCGCUGGUUUGAGUCUGUUCAGAGAGCCACGUUACCUCUGCAGGGGAAGAGAGACGAGCGUGCGAACAGGCAAGCUAUGAUUUCUGUUGUUUAGUGUCGCGUUUAGAGUUGAAACAUGAAAACCACAAAGCGAGACUGAAUUCACACAGGAGCGAGGAGGAAGAUUUUGACGUGUCCGCCACGUCAACAUGGAGGGAAACGCAUCCGGAUCGCUCUGCGUUUUCUUUAAACCUUUAAGAGGAUUAUGAAGCGGUGCCUCUCGUGUUUGUGCCAAAUGGAAGAAACCAUAAAGAAACGUGAAAUGUUGUUGGAAAUUAUUUAAAAUACCCUCUCCAGCUUUCCUUCUUCUGCUAUGUUAAACACCGUUUCCAUGGAAACUGAGUGCAACGUGUUACAGCAGGAUCUGGGCGAAUACUUGUAUCCGAGCGCGGCCACGUCGUAAAAAACGACGUAACACACACGGAGCACGGCUCACGUUUUCAUCUAACUGAAGCUGAUUUCACAUGCCUGCCAUAACGGUUCGAACCAACCUGUGUUACUAUGGCGACAAAGUGAAGCUUAAGCAUCAAGCUAAUCCCGCAUUCGCUAUUAGCUGCUGUUCUUAAAAAAAAAAAAAAAAAAAAAAAAUGGAUUGCUGUGUGAAAACGGUUGUGAUUAUUUUUCCAGUGGAGGAUACAGGUGUGAGGCGGCCUUCUCAUCAAAUCAGUGGGAGCUGAAAAUCUUUAUUUUCUAAAACGGCAAAAAAAAUACGGAGCCAGGGCGUGGGGGAGAGGGGUAAUAUACUGAGAAAAAAAAAAAAAAAAACCUUCUUAGACCUUUCUUGACAAGAAAAAAAUGUAGGAUCUUCUGAGAGUAAAUUUACAAAUUCAGAGAUUAUAAAGUCACAAAUGUGAGAAAAAAACCAAAUUCUGAGAUUAAAAUCACAAAUAUAUGAGAACAAAACUCACAAAUUUAUGAGCAAAAAAAAAAAAAACCUCAGAAAGACAGUAGAAGACAGAGUCUAACAGCAGGACAGGACUCUGAAGAGAUGUUGCUGAGACUUUUUCGAUUCAGAAGAAAACAAUCUGCUGAUUCUGGACUAAAAUCAGCAGUUUUGAGUUUGUUGUUAAGUUUUGUUUUGUUUUUUUCUCAUAAAUUUGACUUAAAUCUCAGAGAAUUUCUAAAUGUUUUUCUCUGGAUAUUAGCCCCAUCUGGCUCCUGGCUCUGUAAUAUUUUCCCUCUACAUCGGCAUACCGUCGUAAUUCAGAUCAAACAGUUUCCUGAGUUUCCGGCGCCUCCCUGUGGCUCCGCUGGCGGCGGUACAAGCCGGAUAAUCCACGACGUACGCUGAAAGGGCUUUAAUCCGCCUCCGCCUCUGUGCGUUAAAAGCCUUCAUGGCGCCUCAUCGUGGAUUAUCUCCUUCUCAUGUAACAUCAUCACAUCAUUUAUUCCCAUGAUCCUGAUCGCUUUUCAGUCACUUUAAAGGCAUUUGGAGGACGAGUUCAGGCUCCUGUUUCCUCUGCAUCUGCAUGGCCUUGUUUUACCUCCGCCCCCCUUGUAUUUAUUUAUUUAUGUAUUUAUUUAUUGAUUUAUUUAUUACGUUAUUUAUUUGUGGUGCUGCUGUUUCACUUUGCACUGAGCAGGACUCAAAGUUUCGGUGGAUCGAUGCAGUCUGGGCGAAGUGGCAAUGAAGUGGGAAACGACGUUUUCACCCCGUUAGCCCCCAAUUUCACAAGGAAACACCCAGAAAACAUGCUUUGCCCCUUUUUUCUAAAUCAGACUGGGGGUCAUGAGAUCAUUUUUUGGGGGGGGGUGGGUUGAAAGAUGAUUUAAGACACAUGAAAGAAAUAAGAAUAAAUUUCAAUAAUGCAAAAUUAUCUUGAGGAUUUUUCAAUGUGUUACUCUUUUCCUCUGUUUUCUUAAGCGGUUUGAACACACGGCGCCUCAGACGCUGUGAGCCUCAGAGGUCGAGCUGCAGGCUGGAAAACACAGAGCACAGGGUGAUAUUCAGAGGGGAAAAAACUCUGAAUUUACAAGAUUAAAGUCAAAGAUUUUCCUGAAAAAAAAAAAAAAAAACACUCUGAUAUUCUCUGAGACUGAAGAACUAAAUGUAGGAGAAGAAGCUCACAAAUUUGAGAAAAA